GGCGGAGGCGGGCGGGGGGGCAGCGCCCCGCGAUGGGGCAGCGGCGGCGGCCGAGCUGCGGGGCAAGAGAAGCUGCCGGUACAUGUUGAGGAUGCACUUUCUUACCUGGACCAGGUGAAGAUCCGCUUCGGCAGCGACCCUGCCACUUACAAUGGAUUCCUGGAGAUCAUGAAAGAGUUCAAGAGUCAGAGCAUUGACACACCUGGAGUAAUCCGACGUGUUUCCCAGCUAUUCCAUGAGCAUCCUGACCUCAUUGUAGGAUUCAAUGCUUUCCUCCCUCUGGGCUACAGGAUAGAAAUUCCAAAGAAUGGGAAGUUGAGUAUACAGUCACCUCUGAACAGUCAGGUGACCUCUGAGCCCGUCCCCAAUGCUCUCCCUGGCAGUGGGCUGUUGUUGCAUUACUCCCAAGAGAAUUCACACAAUCACAGUGACUGCUCUGAGGAGUUCAGGCAACAGCUUCCAUACAAAGAAGAUAAAUCUCAAAUUUCUCUGGAGUCUGAUUCUGUGGAGUUCAAUAAUGCAAUCAGUUACGUGAACAAGAUCAAAACGCGUUUCCUUGACCACCCAGAAAUUUACAGAUCCUUUUUAGAAAUUCUUCAUACUUACCAGAAAGAACAGCUGAACACUAAAGGCCGACCCUUCCGAGGCAUGUCAGAGGAAGAAGUGUUUACUGAAGUAGCAAAUCUGUUCAGGGGACAGGAGGAUCUGCUUUCUGAGUUUGGACAGUUCCUUCCAGAAGCUAAAAGGUCUUUGUUCACAGGCAAUGGACCAUGUGAAGUCAACAGUGUCCAGAAAACUGAGCAUGAGAAGAAUCUGGAACAUAGCAAAAAACGAUCCAGACCACUGUUACUGCGUCCUGUUUCUGGCCCAGCAAAGAAGAAAAUGAAACUGCGAGGUACCAAAGAUCUGUCAGUAGCAACAGUGGGAAAAUAUGGAACACUGCAAGAGUUUUCCUUCUUUGACAAGGUGCGUAGGGUGCUAAAGAGUCAGGAAGUCUAUGAAAAUUUUCUUCGUUGCAUUGCUCUCUUCAACCAGGAGCUGGUCUCUGGCUCUGAGUUGCUCCAGCUAGUUACACCAUUUUUAGGGAAAUUCCCAGAACUCUUCGCACAGUUUAAGUCCUUUCUUGGUGUGAAAGAACUUUCAUUUGCUUCUCCACUGAGUGACAGAUCUGGGGAUGGGAUGAGUCGGGAAAUUGAUUAUGCUUCCUGCAAACGUAUCGGAUCCAGUUACCGGGCUCUCCCAAAAACCUACCAGCAGCCCAAGUGCAGUGGAAGAACAGCCAUUUGCAAGGAGGUAUUAAAUGAUACCUGGGUUUCAUUUCCAUCCUGGUCUGAAGACUCCACUUUUGUCAGCUCCAAGAAGACUCCUUAUGAGGAGCAGUUGCACCGCUGUGAAGAUGAGCGGUUUGAGUUGGAUGUUGUCUUGGAGACCAAUUUGGCCACAAUACGUGUGCUGGAGAGUGUGCAGAAGAAAUUGUCUCGACUGACUCAGGAAGAUCAGGAGAAAUUUCGGCUGGAUGAUUGCUUGGGAGGAACAUCAGAAGUGAUCCAGCGCAGGGCCAUCUAUCGUAUCUAUGGUGAUAAAGCACCAGAGAUCAUUGAAAGCCUUAAGAAAAACCCAGUCACUGCAGUUCCUGUUGUUCUGAAGAGGUUGAAAGCAAAAGAGGAGGAGUGGCGGGAGGCCCAGCAAGGCUUCAACAAGAUUUGGAGGGAGCAGUAUGAGAAAGCCUACUUGAAGUCACUCGACCACCAGGCUGUCAACUUCAAACAAAAUGACACCAAAGCUUUGCGCUCCAAGAGCUUGCUGAAUGAAAUUGAGAGUGUCUAUGAUGAGCAUCAGGAGCAGCAUUCAGAGGGGAGAAGUUCAUCCACAAACGAGCCUCAUCUUAUCUUUAUCUAUGAAGAUAAGCAGAUUUUGGAAGAUGCAGCCUCUCUUAUCAGCUAUUAUGUAAAAAGACAGCCUACAAUCCAAAAGGAGGAUCAAGCCACCAUCCGGCAGAUAGUGCAUCACUUCAUACCUGAGCUGUUUUUCUCUCAGCCCCCUGAGCACAGUAUUUCUGAAGAAUCAACAGAUGAGGACAGAGAAAACCAUCAAGGGCAGAACCUGGAUACUCCUGAGCUACGGAAAAAACACGUGCCUGGGCCUCCAAGCAGCCCUUUGGAGAUGAAAGCAACCUUCUGUGACGUGACAGCUGCUGAGCCCCACAACACUCUGGAUGAUGUUUACAGCCUGUUCUUUGUCAAUAACAAUUGGUAUUUCUUCCUCCGCCUUCACCAGACUCUGUGCUCAAGGCUCCUAAAGAUUUAUCGCCAAGCUCAGAAGCAGCUGCUAGAAUAUAGGACUGAAAAAGAGAGAGAAAAACUCCUGUGUGAGGGAAGAAAGGAAAAAACCAAUGAUCCAGCCAUGGAACUAAGACUGAAGCAACCAAGUGAGGUGGAACUGGAGGAGUACUACCCUGCCUUCCUGGAUAUGGUGAGGAGUCUGCUGGAUGGGAAUAUUGACCCAACACAGUAUGAGGACACUCUGAGGGAGAUGUUCACUAUCCAUGCCUAUAUUGGCUUUACCAUGGACAAACUGGUGCAGAAUAUUGUUCGUCAGCUUCAUCAUCUAGUGAGUGAUGACAUCUGCUUGAAGGUUGUUGAGCUCUACUUGAACGAGAGGAAGCGAGGUGCUGCUGGAGGUAACUUAUCCUCUAGGUGUGUCCGGGCAGCAAAGGAAACAAGUUAUCAGUGGAAGGCUGAACGUUGCAUGGCAGAUGAGAACUGCUUCAAGGUGAUGUUUCUUCAGCGGAAAGGACAGGUGAUCAUGACCAUUGAGCUUCUGGAUACAGAAGAGACACAGACAGAAGAUCCAGUGGAGGUCCAGCACCUGGCCAACUACAUGGAGCAGUACGUUGGGGUGGAAGGAGCUCCAAACAACCAGAAUGAUGGCUUCUUACUGAAACCAGUCUUUCUGCAAAGAAACCUCAAGAAGUUUCGCAAGUGGCAGUGCAAGCAAGUGAGAGCUCUGCGGAGUGAAGUGAAGAGCUCCUGGAAGAGGCUGAUUGGGGUGGAAAGUGCCUGCAACGUGGACUGCAGGUUCAAGCUCAACACCCACAAAAUGAUGUUCAUUAUGAACUCAGAGGAUUACAUGUACAGGAAGGGAGCUCUCUGCAGAGCCAAGCAGGUCCAGCCCAUGGUGCUGCUGAAGCAUCACCAGCAGUUUGAAGAGUGGCACAAUCGGUGGCUCGAAGAGAAUGUGACCAUGGAGGCUGUUGAUGUAGUUCAAGACUGGCUAAUGGGAGAUGAAGAUGAGGAGAUGGUGCCCUGUAAAACAACCUGUGAGACAGUGAAUGUCCACGGGGUCCCAGUGAACAGAUACAGAGUUCAGUACAGUCGCCGUCCAGCUUCACCAUGACCAGAGGAUUGUUCCUGGGACCAAGAGAAGUAGGAGCUGAUGAAACACAUUUACUCUCAGAAUAGUGGUGGGAAUGCAAUGUAUGUAUUAAUGAUAUUUAUCCAAACAGCAUUUUACUUUGGAUUAUGGUGUAUUAUCUGUGGCAUAGACUUGUCUCCUUGCAGUGUAAUCCUCCAGCCAUCAUGAAGAGACUUUUCAAAAGCUUUAUGGGAAGAGGGCUCUCGGCAUUGCCACCCAAUUUUUAGUGUAGGGCUUUGAAUCGUUUCUGGCUUAGAGACAUUUACCUUCCUCUGCCAGAGGGGAGAAGCAGUUUCCUUGCUGGAGGCCACGGCUGUCCAGCCAGAACUGGAAGGUUGAAUGAGGGAGUCAGGCUCUGGGUGAACCACCACCAGUGGCUUUGUUGGAGAGCUGGAGCUGGGCUGGUGUUUGAGCAGAUGCUAGCAGCUGCUUCCACUUUGAAGGGUUAAAUGUUGCCUAUCUUCCUGAACUGAGACCAUCUUGGAGCCUGCAGAACUCUUCAGUGAAACCGUCCAGUGCCAACAGAGCUGAGAGCACCCGGCACAGAUCCCUCACCCAGCUCUGAGCUGCUUCAUUAUCCACCCCUGCUAAUAAGGCAAUGAAUGCAGUUUUAAUUAUUUGUGACUGGUGCUCUGGGGAGAAAAAUGCCAAAACUGAGAGAAGGGUGAACAUACUAAACACUCACGCUCUCACUUAUCAACCAAGUAUUUUGGAGCAUGAACUGGAGCUCCCUGAGCUGCAGUCUGCAGCACCAUCUGCAGCACAAGGCAGCCCUGGCCCCCAGCUACCCCCCAGCAGAUGUGCACAGGAUCCCAUCACCGUGCUUUGUUAUCUCAGCAUCUGCUCCAGCCUCUGCCUUCUCAGCUCUGGAGCUGCUUGGAGCAUGUGCUUGGGGAGGAAUUAUCCAUUUUGCAUGUUGAUUGACAGCCUCGGGAGACAGGAGCCUCACUUUCCUUUGUGCAUGCCCGGACUCCGUGGUUCUGCUGGGCUGUAGCACUUCAGGAGCAGCAGCAGAUGGAGCUCACGCAGCACAGUGGCUGAGUUUUGUCCCAAAUACUUCCCUGUUCCUGCUGGGUCAGCACAGAUGCUGGAAUUGCAGUGACACAUGGAAAUCUGUAAUGAGCAGUGCUGGAGGAUCCAGCCACAGCCAUCACAGACAAGCUUUUCCACUGAAUCAUCUGUACUUCUAUCUAAGCUUUUUUUUUUUUUUUGAAAUGAAUCCUAACAAAAAAUCUCCCCUGAACCAUGCAGAAGGCUACAUAAAUUGUCUGACUUUAUUGAAAAAAUCUAAAAGUUCAGUUGUGUCUGUCCUGCAGCCCCACUGUGACUUCAUUCUUGUUUUCCAGGGGCCAAGGGCAAGCACACUGUCCAUGAAGUGUGUUACAAACAUCAUGUCUGGAGGCAGAUCCAGCCUCCUUGCAGCUCUGCUUCCAUGUUUUUUCCUGGCUUUUGGGGUAAUAACCCCUCCACCCCCAAUAUUUUUUGUGGCUUUGAUUUUUAGGUUAUAAUGUCUGCCAGCCCUAAGUAGAAGCCUGUAGGAUUUGUCCUGGGUUAUUUCCACUGUACAACAUUUGAUUUUGCAAUUGUCUCACUUGACAGUAGAAAAAUUGGCCUUUGGGGUAUGUUUAAUAGAAAACUGUACUGAACUCUUUUGUCUUUUUUGCAAAAUAAUCUGUAGAAGGGAAGGAGGGAGGCCACUCUCUGGCAUUUGUGGCCACUUGCACAACCACUGCCCAGCAGAGGACUUUUCAUCAAGAACUCAUGUUCUCCUUGUCUAGGUCUCUGUUAAAUUUUGGUUGCUGAAAUGAUCUGAAUGUUCUUUCCCUGUGCUUGUGACAAAAGCCACCAACCACGUGUGGGCUGGGUGGAGGAGCAGGGGGGACAAGCUCAGAGAAAUCCUCCUGUAAAAAUUUCUGUAAAGCACAGAAAUCCCCUUUUUGCUUCCAGAUGGCUCAACAAAAUACACUUCAGUCCUGUUCACCUCUCUGCUGCCCUCCAGCAGACAUGACAACUGUGCCAAAUUUUACAGUUUUAUGAUACAGUAAAAUGUUUACUAGAAAAUAGGUUGCAAUCGUGGCUUAAAAUGCAUUUGAUUCCAAGUGUACCAAGGUUCUAAAGCGCCCGCGUGCCGUCCUCUUCCAUCUCCCCCUUUUUAAGUGUACUUCAGGUAUUUCUAAGCAUCCUUAUUUUGUAAACCUUAAUUUAUAAUCUAAACAGAUGAAGACAAAGCCCUUUCCAGUGCUCGGCUCAAAAAUGAUAGUAGCAAAGGAUGUGAAUGGAAUGAGCAGGCAGUGCAGGUUUGGGAGUGGCUUGCCAAUGUCUGACCCGCUGUCUAUCUGCUAGCACAACCUUGAGUCAAGAGUUUGUACUGCCAUUUCUUUUUGAAGGAUCUUUACUUUUGGGCUUAUAAUUGCUUUGCCAGCUCUUUGAAUGUAGGUUUGGUUUGGGGUUGGUUUUUUUUUGUUGUUUUUAAUAUUUAUUUGCACAUUCAAGUAUAAUAAAAUAUUGGUUUUAAAAAGCC